AUGUCUUCUCCUAACGUUUACUGCCCUCUCUGUGGAGUCAUUCUACUGUCUAAUACCUACACUGACGACACUCGCGUUCGCCCUUGGUACGCACAAGUACGAGGCAUCUACUCAACCAAUGCCGCUGUCGGCGAUCCUAUCACCACAACCGGGGUAGGAUUAGUACGUUACCGGAACAAACUCUACGCACCGCUUGACAGUGACAGAUCCUAUUUCGAUGUGGGGAAUGAGCCGCUAGAAGAGUGGAAGCUUUGCCAGUCAUCUGACCGUUGGUGCUUCGGCUUACACGACUCGUGCUGGUCAUUGCUUCUCCUUAGGCUCCGCCACUUCCAGGACAAGGCGGUCAUUGCAAAGUCAGUCUUCUAUCAGCUCUAUUGCACGCCUUGCCUCUAUGCUUCCACUUUCCAAUUUGGCCACGACUAUGAGGGUGCUGCGCAAACACACGAACCGUUCGGGCGGCCCGCAGUGAACCGGAUGUCGCAAUUCUAUGCCGACCCUUAUGAAAUCCCGCACCACUUGGAGGACUUUGGUCGCUUUAAACCCUAUGUUCUAUACUCUGGGGAUCCGACAGAAGAAAGACGCGAAAAGCUGGAAAGAGAUGUCUUCAAUGAACUCUCUCCUGAGCUGAAAUUUGAGAUACUGUCAUAUUUAUCCUUUGACGAGAUCCUGAAUAUGAGACUCGUAUGUCGAGAUCUAGCUCAACUUGCAGCUGUCGAAAGUCUCCCACUGUCGUACUGGCGGAGCAGGUUUCUCCUUGGUCAGGAGUUUGACUUUCUGUUCCCGAAUCUCUCAGAUACACAAAACUGGUUUGGGCUUUUCUUUGGGACUAGGGCUUUUCUAAGAGCCGGCUACACAGAAUUGGUCAAUCGAAAAAGAAUACGACAGCUAUUAGAACCCAUUGCUGCUCUUGUGGAACUAGAGGCUACUUUGUGCAAAGGUCCAUACGGAUCGGCCUUUCACCCGACGCAAAGUCAAGGCAGCUAUUUCCAGCUAAUUGAUGAAGAGACGACUGAAAAUCCGCCUCAGUUCAUAGAGAUAGCUGGCUCGUUUUCUGGUCAGCUAGCCUCUACUACCGCGAAUAGUCUCUUGAAAGAAGGAUGUCGUGUGCUUUACCACAGGGCACAAUCACUUAUGGCCCCGUGUCAGGAGCAUCGACAACGAAUAGGUAUCUCAAUCGUCAAAAUCGGCGCACGGGGCUUUAUAUCGGGAAUAAAUCUCUUUCCGUCGGGGGAGCACAAUGACGUUGAUCGUCUCGUUGGAUAUCGCAUUCCAGCUUCUGAGGUGUGGAUAGAUAUACCGUCCACCGUAAAAUCUCUUUGUGUGGCAUUUUGCUCAGAAGGAUUGACGGGAAUCAAGUUCGCAUUCACAAAUUCGGAUUCGUCAGGCUGGAUUGGCAGUAGCAGCGGUCCGGGAAUUGCUUAUGGCACCAUAGACAUUCCGAAUAAGUUGGAGCAAUGUCGCCUGCUUGCAGGCUUGGAUCGAUACAAGAUUGUUUCACUCGGCCUCGGCGAAUUGACAUUGACCCCCCGCUCCGGAACUUCUCCGAAGCUACACUCUCAAGACGCAAUGGAUUCGCUUUGUGUACAGUCCUAUUUGUGGACCUCGCAUCUUCCAGGGCACGAUGGUUUAAGAAUCAGCCCUCUUCUGCCAUACAAGAGCUCGCGGGCCUUUGAACCGCUGACCAAUAUUGACUUUGGUGGCCCAAGAGGCCUAUUUCUUAGGUCCUUGACGAUGUUUACGUUCUACAUGGCAUCCGGCCCCUAUCCAAUCACUGGAAUAGAGAUAUCCUACUCUGACAGAAGGCCUAUGCUUUUCGGCUCUAAAGAUGGUUGUGGGCUCUCUUUUUUUCUUGAUGGCUCAAAGGGGGAACGUAUCAAUCGAGUCGGGAUUCUAGAAGACAAUCGAUGUGACUCAAUCGGCCUAGGUGGCUUACAGGUCUUUCUACAGAAUCCCCAAGUAUCCGUAUGGGUUACUAAGUUUGACCUAGAUCUCAACAAACUAUAG